AUGACAUCCAUCGGUCCUCAAGUACCUGAACAUUUACUCAAGAAACGACUCGCUGAAGAGGAUGAGGGGGGUGAAGAGAAUACAAAUAUUGAGACUGGGCCAGGGCCUGCGACAGCUCCUGGAGCAACUAUACGCCCUGAAAUUCCAAGAGACUUAACAAAACCGUCUGUGUCGCCUAGCGCACCUGAAGACGAGGAUGACGAUGACGACUAUGGGCCAGCACUCCCUCCUGACCUACUCGCAAAGCGUUCUGGAGUAAACGCUGGUCCCGCAAGUAAAGUCUCGCCUGCUCGAACACCUUCAGAAGAACCGCCGCGUCGAGUCCUUGGGCCUUCUCUGCCUGGCCACGACCGGCAAUCGCACAGCGAUGCAGAAGACAGCGACAAUGACGACUACGGACCAAUGCCACUUCCUGCAGGAGUACAAACUACUGACAGUGUGAGUGAGGGUGUACGAGAAUUUCUGGAGAAGGAGGAACGACGACGACGGGAAGUCGAGGAAGCAGCUAAACCAAAGAAACCAAAACGCGAUGAGUGGAUGCUUGUCCCACCUUCAUCUUCUGACCUCCUCGGUCACCUUGGUGACCCAACGAAGCUAAAAGCACGGCAAUUCUCCCGUGGAAGUGGAUCAGCUUCACGUUCAGCACCAAACAACCUGUGGACGGAGACACCCCAAGAACGACAACAACGCAUUGCAGAUGAAGUUGCAGGGAAGAAGCGUCGAGCCGUGAACGUCGACGAAGAUGCUUUGGAUCCCCAAGAAGAUCGCAGGAAGAGAAAGAGGGAUGCGGAAUUGAAGCAAGUCGUUGAGAAGCAUAACAAAUCAUCACGCGAUAAGACUCUCCUUGAAAUGCACGAAUCAGAACGAAAGAAAGAGAAGAAGAGUAAAGCUGGCGAUGAAGAACCAGCGGUCAUAUGGGACCAUGCUCGAGACAUGUCAGUCGGUGGGAAGCUCAUGGACGAGAAGCAGCGUGGUAAACUCAUUUCUGAUGCUCGUUCUUUGGGAGAUAGGUUUGGUAGUGGGAGGAGCGGUGGAUACUUAUAAUGGCUUUGUUUUGUAUUACAGUACGUGUGUUUGGUAUUGCAGACUGAAGAUAGC